AUGGGUAAUCUUCCAGCGAAUCGAGUUCAACCUAACCCAUCAUUUCAUACGACAGGAGUCGACUAUUGUGGGCCAUUCUAUCAUAAAGCAGAGUCCCGGAACAAUGCACCGCACAAGUGCUACAUCGCCGUCUUUGUCUGCUUUUCCACGAAGGCCGCUCACUUGAAAGUCGUCCAGGACCUCACCACAGAUUCCUUCAUAGCAGCUCUGAGAAGGUUCAUCAGCCUUAGAGGCAGUCCGCGAACUAUCUGGAAUGAUAAUGCGACUAACUUUGUCGGCGCCAAGAGCGAGUUAGGCGAGCUGAAGGAAAUAUUUUUGAGCGAGCAACAUAUAGCUUCGAAAGCUUCUUCGUGCCUAGCUGACGGGAUAGAUUGGAAGUUCAUACCUCCGCGUGCCCCACACUUCGGUGGUCUAUGGGAGGCCGCUGUCAAAUCGGCCAAGUUUCACUUCUACAAAGUCGUCGGUCCAUCCAUCUUAUCCCUCGAUGAAUUGAGAACUCUUGCCUACGAGAUUUCUGCUAUCCUUAACUCAUGUCCCCUCUGUCCAAUUUCAAAAAACGCUGAAAGCCUUGAAGUGCUAACGCCGGAAAAACUCGUUGUUUGGUCCAGCCCAAACAACUUAAAUAACAUCGCUUCUGUUUUCCUAACAUCAUAA